AUGCUUCAUCAUCAUGUACUACAUGUUCAUGUACUACAUGUUUAUGUACUUAAUCAUCAUGUACUACAUGUUCAUGUACUAAAUGUUUAUUUACUUCAAAAUCAUGUACUACAUGUUCAUGUACUAAAUGUUUAUUUACUUCAAAAUCAUGUACUACAUGUUUAUGUACUUCAUCAUCAUGUACUACAUGUUCAUGUACUUCAUCAUCAUGUACUACAUUUUCAUGUACUAUAUGUUUAUACACUUCAUCAUAUAUUACAUGUUUAUGUACUUAAUCAUCAUGUACUACAUGUUCAUGUACUACAUUUUCAUGUACUUCAUCAUCAUGUACUAAAUGUUCAUGUACUACAUGUUUAUAUGCUUCAUCAUCAUGUACUACAUGUUCAUGUACUACAUGUUCAUGUGCUACAUGUUUAUGUACUUAAUCAUCAUGUACUACAUGUUCAUGUACUAAAUGUUUAUUUACUUCAAAAUCAUAUAUUACAUGUUUAUGUACUUCAUCAUCAUGUUCUACAUGUUUAUGUCCUACAUGUUCAUGAGCUAAAUGUUUAUGUACUCCUUCAUCAUGUACUACAUGUUUAUGUACUUAAACAUCAUGUACUACAUGUUCAUGUAUUAAAUGUUUAUUUACUUCAAAAUCAUGUACUACAUGUUUAUGUACUUUAUCAUCAUGUACUACAUGUUUAUGUCCUACAUGUUCAUGUGCUAAAUGUUUAUGUACUACAUAGUCAUGUAGUAUAUGUUCAUGUACUACAUGUUUAUGUACUUAAUCAUCAUGUACUACAUGUUCAUGUACUAAAUGUUUAUUUACUUCUAAAUCAUGUACUACAUGUUUAUGUACUUUAUCAUCAUGUACUACAUGUUUAUGUCCUACAUGUUCAUGAGCUAAAUGUUUAUGUACUCCAUCAUCAUGUACUACAUGUUCAUGUACUACAUGUUUAUGUACUUAAUCAUCAUGUACUACAUGUUUAUUUACUUCCAAAUCAUGUACUAUAUGUUUAUGUACUUUAUCAUCAUGUACUACAUGUUUAUGUCCUACAUGUUCAUGUGCUAAAUGUUUAUGUACUACAUAGUCAUGUAGUAUAUGUUCAUGUACUACAUGUUUAUGUACUUAAUCAUCAUGUACUACAUGUUCAUGUACUAAAUGUUUAUUUACUUCAAAAUCAUGUACUACAUGUUUAUGUACUUUAUCAUCAUGUACUACAUGUUUAUGUCCUACAUGUUCAUGAGCUAAAUGUUUAUGUACUCCAUCAUCAUGUACUACAUGUUCAUGAACUACAUGUUUAUGUACUUAAUCAUCAUGUACUACAUGUUCAUGUACUAACUGUUUAUUUACUUCAAAAUCAUGUACUACAUGUUUAUGUACUUUAUCAUCAUGUACUACAUGUUUAUGUCCUACAUGUUCAUGAGCUAAAUGUUUAUGUACUCCAUCAUCAUGAACUACAUGUUCAUGUAGUACAUGAUCAUGUACUAAAUGUUCAUGUACUACAUAGGCAUGUAGUACAUGUUCAUGUACUACAGGUUCAUGUACUACAUGUUCAUGUACUACAUGUUCAUGUACUACAUGUUCAUGUACUACAUGAUCAUGUACUAAAUGUCCAUUUACUAAAUGUUCAUGUACUAAAUGUCUAUGUACGAAAUGUUCUUAAAGUAUAUCAUGUACUAAAUGUUCAUGUACCACAUGAUCAUGUAUUACAGGUGGUACUUGUGCUCAGGGACUACAUGUAGUACUUUAUAGUACCAUGUUUUUCUACUUUUUAAAUAAUUGAAAGCUUGUUUUGUUUGUUUCAUUGUAACUUUUUAAAUACUGCUACUAGUACUAUUACUUUAAUUCAUGUUUUUUUUUACUGUGUAUAUUUUAAAGGUUACCAUGUUACUAGUCAAAUGUGCUACUUAUUAAACAUUUACAUUUCAA